AUGAGAGGUCGUUCGUCAUACCGGGGCUCUAACCACACUUCUGACGGCAAUGGUGGCGAUUCAAGUGAGCUUUCAGCAAUGUUCAGUGGAGAUAAUCAUCACAAGCAAAGACGAGUACCUCUACAACGUACUACCUCACUCAAACUCCCAAACAAACAGCUUUACACUGUAAAGGAGAAUAGUCAUGAGGAGCCAGCUAUUCCUAGCACAAAUGUUUCUUAUCACGCGUCAAAGUUGAUGGCUAAUCGUCAGCGUAGCUCGGCAGCCAGCUUGCUCUACACAAAUGUGAAAAACAAGCGCAACAGCAGCAACUUCUCUUUGAAGGAUAUGAGGAACAACUCUGCUGCGUCUAGUAGCCACGGCUCGGAUUCUAGCAGCUCACGCCCAGCGUUAAACGUUGUUAUACAAGAUUCAAAAAAUAACACCACAGAUGCACUACCACCGUCAACCACCACCAACCAUAACCCCCUCAAUCAUUAUCGAUUUGUUCGCAACAUGGCUACCAGACCUAAAAGCACCGGCACGGCCUAUUUGCCGGCGGACGAUACGGAAUCUAUUACUUCUCUGAACGUAGAACUUCGACCACGGUUCGACAAAAAUAAUGCAAAUGCGCUAGCAUCGCAGGGUUCAGCACAGUUGCUUAAUCUCGUACAGACUAAAUCAAGUGAUCAUCUCUCGCAGGUCGGGAAAGACGCCACGCUGGAAGAUGCCGAAACAAUUGGCGACUUCAAUGGUACGUCGUUUGAUAAAGAGGUAACGGGCGAGAAUGCUUUCUUAGAGACACAAAUUGAGAAUGCAAUGAGCGAAGAACUUUUCUCAAAAGACUAUGUUUUCGAUAAUUGCUUUGAUGAUAUUAUACAAGAAGCAACGGCAGCUGGAAACGAUAAACUCCGCAGCGUAGCGAGCUCUAACCAAUCACCCCUUACGCGAGUACCGGCUAGAAAACUUUCCAAGACGGAUUCUGCGACACUAAAGAACUUUCAGAACGAUUUGUCAAGUAGAUCAAGUGCAGGAUCGCAGGAUACAGCUUAUACAUCCCGUUUGCAAAUGAAAAUGGAAACUAUGAAAAAUCGAUUUGAUAGCUUUGCGACGAACAAUGAAUCUCUGUAUACAUCUGGCAAUUCUACUGCAAAUCUACGAACGAAUUCCGGAUCUCAUGAAAGUGAAAAGUCAAUCCUUCUAACUGUGCCGAACGUCUCGAAGUCUAUGAUAGAUAUUUAUCGCGAAAAAAACGAUGCAGCGGUCGCAGGCGACCCUACGGUCCAGUUUUCGAGGUUUUGGUUCCAUCAUGACUUGAGUUCGAAGCUUUUGACAGAAGAACGAAGCAAUCAACUGAGGACGAUCGAGCGGUUUUCAUCCUCUGGGGCAGCGGGCGAAAAAGUGUUGACCUCGAGACUAAAAUUUCUAUCUCGAGAAGGAUAUCUCAUGGCUGUCAGCGACGAUAAAAAAGCACAACUAAUUCGUCGGAAAGAGACGAAUGCCAAGCCGCCUGUGUUACGAGCUGUUAAUGAACCGGAGAACUCUAGGUUUGAACAACUUUUUUUCAGCACUAGAAACAAUCUUUCAUCCGCAAAAAACGCUGAUAGUGGGCUUGAUCCCGAAACGGUGUAUCUGAGGGAACAAGUUGUGUUUGGAAAAAUGAUUUUCGAUAAAAUCUGGCGCGAGGCCGAGCAGAACGAACAUAGGCAACUCAGCCAUUCCAUUUUUAAUGCCCAGACGCCAAAAAGUGAAACUUCACCAACAACAAAAGUUUAUGAGCAGAUGGUACCGUCCCAUUCUGAUCAAGUUUCCAAUGCUCACAUGCCUUUGGGAGCACCCCCAGAACUAAUUCGACAAGCGAGUCAUUGA